CCUUGGGGGACGCAAAUUGUAUAUAGUUAGGCGUUACAGUGAGGAGAUACCAUCUAUUCAAAUUAUGGCAUAUUCAAGUCGUGAUGAUAAUUCAGUAGUACCAAAUUACGCAUUAGAUACAAGUCUAGCAACAAACAAAUUACGUAUUACUAUACAAAUUCAUGGCUUAAAAUCAUCAACUAUAUUAGAGUUUCAUAAAAAACUUAUUCCCAAACUUUACAAAAAAGCAUCAAAUGGUGAAAUAGUAUUUCAUCUAAGUAAUGAUGGUUUUCUGUUUGAAUUUCAUGGGCUUGAUACUUUAAAAGACUGUAAUUAUCGACUUCAUGUUGACAAAUUACCGGGCACACUAGAUAAUAAACGGUCACAAUUGAUUGUACGUGAAGAUGCUGUGGAAAUUAUUCUCAUAAAAAUUGACGAUAGUUCAUGGUCAUCUGUUCUAAGUGAGGGUUUACAUAUUAUUGAGAAUGAGAAGAAGUAAUCUUUUCUAUGUGAUAAUAAGUUCUUUUUUUCAAAGACAUUCCAGCUUAUAAUAAAUACUGCUUUCAAUUUGCCUACUUUUCCUACCAGGUUUUAGGUAAAUGUAAAUAAUUUAUUUGAUUUUCGGUUUGUAUCUUCAGUUUAUGACUUCAUUUACUAGUUUAUAUUUAUUCAAAUUUUAUUUUAAUUUCCCGACAAAUAAUUUGUCUUGUUUAUUACCAGUGAAAUGCUGUUUUCUUAAUUAAUGUACACUAAGAACAUUUUGUUGCAUUUUGACAAUAGACUCAUGUAAAAAGAACUUUUUUUCGUUAUUUCGGUUUGCUUGAUCUACUGUAAGUGAAGUUAAAUUUACUGUGACACAUUUUGACUGGCAUUUUCUUUUUCAAUAAAGAUUAAUCUUAAUAUAAAUUUACUGAUUAAA